UUAAGGCUGGUAACGCACUAGGCAGCCAGGAUUUUGUGGCCGUGGCAGCCGACAGAACAUGGGCGACUGCACGGCAGCCAGGCAGCUGUGCACAGCCAGUGGCGAGCUGUGGGUCCCACAAAGAGUGUGUGUGGCUGCCUCAGUCUCCGUGCACUUGUCCGAGCAGCCACACCUUUUCUGCACCUCGAGCCAAAAGUUGCAAUGGAUUUCGACACCAAGAAAAUUAUUCAAGAAAUUGAAAGACAAAGAGCAAUCUGGGACUUAUCUUGUGAGGAGUACAGUGACCGUGACGUGAAGAGGAGGAGAUGGGAGGAAAUUACAAAUAUAAUGUGUGAGGAGAAUAUGACGAAAAAUGAAAAGCAUGAAUUCGGCAAACCUCUACAGCAGAAGUGGAAGACCAUUAGGACAAGUUUCAGCAGGGAAUUAAAACGCAGAGCAGGUGCCGAAAGUGGAUCAGCAGCUUUGCAUAAAAGCCCUAAUGUGUAUUUCGGGCAAUUGCAGUUUCUUAAGGAAACUGUUGUAGACAAUAUAACUCAAGGUAGCCUGGAUGAAACUGACGUUGCUGAAAAUAACUGUGGGAGCUGUGGCAUACAAAGUCCUUCACUUCUUCCCAGAAAGAAGCAGAAAAGUAAUGACGUCAGAUUGAUUGAUGUACUACAACAGAGUAUCGCACUGAAGGAGGAGUGUGAAAGGCAUCAAGAAUAUGAUUCAGAUAGACUAUUUCUGCUUUCAUUACUAGAAGACAUGAAAAAGAUUCUGGUACAUUGCAAGCUUACUACCAAAAUGGAGAUUAUUGACGUCAUAAAAAGAGUACAAAUGCUUCCACUGCGGACUUAUCACCCAAGGCUAUUUUGAUCAUGUGUCAGAAACAACAGUGGCUGGAGCAUAUAGCCGUACGUAUGAACCAGAAGCCUCGACAAGACAGCCGUUUCAGCAUGGAUGCAUACUACAGCCAAAUGGUGGUCGAGCAGACUUCAGCAGAGAGCAGAAGGAAAGUCGCAGUGAUUAUUCUACGCCUAUUACAUACAGACAGGACACUGCCGCCAAAUACAAUGAGCUGUCAUCGCCCACUAACUCAACUGUGUCAACCCAGAAUUCUGAAAUACUUGAUCUAUUCCAGUCAUCAGUACAUCUACUACUUUAAUAAUUAUAUUCUUUCCAAAUGUUGUUAUAAUUUAGCAUAUAAAAUUAAAAUAAUAAUGUCAAAUCAUCAUA